AUGGCCAAGAAGUAUAAGGUGACAAAAACCUACCCGCAAAGUAGCUUCAGAAAGGUUAUCAAGGCAAAAACGAACCUCCCCAUAGCCAAAGACAACUCAGACAUGUUGGUGUAUCUAAUCUACAUUGAGUAUCUCCAUCAACUCAUGAAUGGGGCGGCAGAGAAGGGCAUGUCUGAACGGUCGAUUGAAGACGUACACAGUGAGCUCAUGAAGCGCUUUCAAGGAUGA